GUAGGCUGGCUUAAGCCGCGAUGCGGCGCUAACCUCGUUAAAAUUCGCGAACACUCGUUAACGCCGAACGUAGACCUAAGAGAGGCGAUAAGUUAUUGAUUCGUCGUAACCGGUCGAACAAGUCGAAGAUUCGACCAAUGAGCCACAAGACGUGACUCGAAACGUGCCACGCGCCUUCUUUCUUUCUUUCUUUUUUCUUCCUUUCCUUCUCUCUCUCUCUCUCUAUCUCUCUCUCUCUCUCUCUCUCUCUCUCUCUCACGCUCGCCUUUCUUUCUUUCUCCCUCACUCUCUCUUUUUAUCUCUAUACACGCGCCAAGAAACUCGAGCGAAGACGCCUGAAGACGAUUAAGAGUUUCCAUAUCAACCAGUCAAACAAGCAAGAUUCCAAUAUGUUUUAUUACGAAGAGAGAUCAUCGUUACAUACCCGCACAAUUUCUUUUUUCGAAAUUUUUCUAUAAGACACAUUUGCAGUAUUUAAAAAAUAUUAUUUUAUUCCGCGUUAUAUAUAUAUAUAUAUAUAUACACACAUAUACAUACAUAUAUUAUCAAUUGUUUAUUAAAAAUGGUUCGAAGAAAAGUAAUUCAACCGGAUAUGCAUUCAAUAUAUCACUUGGAGCCUGGACAAACGUUAGAAAAUACUAAAAUAUCCGAGAGGAAACUGGCAUUGAUAGCCUCUGAAAGCGCUUUUCAACGCUUCGUUGAUUACGUUAAUCAGCCGCAAAGAUUGGCUGAAGAAAGGGAAGUAGCAGCAGCGAAAUUGAAUGCUAUUAAGAAGGCAACUUAUGAAAUGUCCAAGACAUGGGACAAUACUAUAGAGAAUAUUAAAAAGAGAAGAAAAGAAGAACUAUUGUCGAAAAGUCGAAAAGCUGAAGAAGAAAGAAUACAGUUUGUUAAAGAUAUGUCAAUAAAAAAUGAAGCUGAACGUGCAGAAGUAGUACGACAAGCACGACUGUUACUUCUAUACAAACAACCACAGUGCAGACGGAUCAAUGGAGCAUUGCUCGCAUCGGAGUGUCUCAGAGAAUUAAACGCUCAAGUUGAUUUUCGAAAAACUAUUAAAGAAUUAGAUGAUCAACAAGAGGCCGAAUACGUAGAAUCGAUUAAAAAAGAUGUUGCAAAGUAUGAGCAAGAGGAAAAGGAAAAAGCGAAAGAACGUUCGAUGCAAAUGGAAAUUUAUGUUAAAAAAUUAAAAGAACAAAUCGAAGAAAAUGCUAAGAACAAAGAGAUGCAAGAAAAUGAAGAAUUAAAGGAAGAAAUAAAAGAUCAACGAAAUAUGAAUAGAGAUCUUCAACUUAUAAAAGAAUGUCAAGCUGAAGAAGAAUUGAAAAGAAAGAAAGAAAUGCAAAAAGUUUUAUUAAAUUCGAUCGAUGAGAAGAAACGGGCCGAGGUCGAAAAUAAACGUGAAGAGAACUUACAAGAUCUAGCGAUUGAUGUAUACAAUAGAUCUAGAUCUCGAAUAAAAAAGAUGAUGAAAGAAAUAGCAAAAAAUCAAAAGCAAUCCCGAGAAGAGAGGGCAAAUCGUAUAGGUGAAAAAUUUGCGUCUCUUAUCGGUCGUCACAACGUCGAGAAAGAAAAAGAGAAUUUCGAAAGGGCAGUCAAUGAAAUAGAAAAAAACGAAUUGGAAAGACAAAAAGAACGAAAGAAUCAUGAGGCCGCGAUGAGAGCUAUUAUAAUCGAAGACAAACGUCAAGCUGAAGCUGCGAAAAUAAAAGAAAUGAAAGAAGAAAAAGAGAUUCGAACGUGGGAAACUUUGCAGAGAUUUAAAAGAGACGAAUACAAUAAACAAGUAGAAUUAGAAGAUUUAAUAGAGAAAAGAAAGAAAAAAAUUAAUUAUGCUCGAGAUCUACAAAAACAUAUCGAAUUGCAAAGAGAGGAACGUAAACACGAGAAACAACUAGACGAUGAUUUCAAUGAAAUGAAAGCGGCUGUAGAACAAGUCAACAAAAGAGUAUUGUCUUACAAUCAACAAGUUUUAAAUGAAUCUAAAGGAGUGAGACCUCUUUAUCCCAUUUUGAAAGCGAUCAAGGAAUGCAAUGAAGAAAUGGGUUUGAUAAAACCAAGAAAAAAGAUUGAACCCAUUUCACCGAAACAAGUGAAACAACGUAGACACGGAAUUCGUCGUGGUUGUACAAAAGUUGUUCCAGAAAAUCAAAUUCAUUAUAUAUAUGACUUAUAA